AUGCUUGGGCCAUUGCCUCACAGCUCGACCAAGUUCGAACUUCGCGACGUCGAGACCGGAAUUCCAGGAUCCAACAACAUCAACGGCGGGGUGCUACUGGCAUUGAACCGUCUCAGACAUCUCAAAGUUGUCGGAAACGGUGAACUGAUUGAAGCUGGGCCAGGAAAUAGAUGGAUCGACAUCUACAACGCCCUGGACCCUUAUGGGCGGUACGCAAUUGGCGGCCGAGGAAAGUCAAUCGGGAUAUCUGGACUCUCACUAAUCGGCGGAUUCCACUAUUUCAACAACAAAUACGGGUUUGCAAUGGACAACGUCGUAAGCUACGAUGUUGUUCUUGGGAAUGGAACACAAGUCGUUGCGAAUGCGACAACUCACUCCGAUCUGUUCUGGGCCCUGAAGGGAGGCGUCAACAACUUCGGAGUCGUUACACGCUUUAUUUACAAAACCUUUGAGGCUCGGCAAAUCAGUACGACCAUCCAGGAGUUUGACGAGGGUGCUAUCCCGGCAUUCAUCAAGGCCGUCUGUGAUUUUGUUGAAGCAGACGACCCGUCUAUUGCCGCUGGCGGAGUGGUGACUAUACAGAAGAAUGCUACAACAAAGCUGAUUUCGGCUAGAAUAAUGGGCGUUCAGGAGGGAGCGAACUCUCCACCGCACCGAUUCUCCAACUUCUCUACAAUCUCGGCGACAUCCAGAGUAGACAAUGUCACCACGCCCAAGAUCUGGCAUUCAAUGCUCGAGUCCCCUUACCAAAUGUUCAGAAACACCUAUGGGCAGCAUGCUAUCAAGCCGAAUUCAGACGCGAUCUACGGGAUGUACAAGCAGUGGAGGGACGCUGUGGACGACAUCAGUGAUGUCCAAGGCCUCUAUCCCACGUUCAUUUUGAACAUGUCGCCAAAGUCAUCCGCUAGAGUGGCCAAGACUAACGGCAUUGGUAAUACCUGGGGCUUGGAUGAUAACAUCGACGAGAUUUGGUGGCAAUUUUCUACGGGAUGGGACCGUGAAGAGGACGACCUGCGUAUCACAUCGUGGACCAGGUCCCUACUUGCGCGCCUACACUCUGAAAAUCGUCUUAAUGACUUAGCAUCAUCGGAAUUUGUUUAUAUGGGAGAUGCUUCCGAGACCCAGAACGUUUUUGCCGGUUUCCCUGUUGAGAAUAUCGAGAGGAUGAGGGAGAUUAGAGGAAGAUAUGACGAACUCGGGGUGUUCACUACGCUCAAUUGGGGGGGCUUUAAGCUUGGGUACUGA